AUGAAUAAGGAAUUACACAUAACCUUAAAAACAAAAACUUUUAAACAAUCUUCAUACGUCUUUCGUCUCCAUCUGGUGGUGUCAUCUGACAUUUUGACGGAAAUCAUUUUGAGAAACAUGAUGUGUGCAUCAUCGGAAAACAUUUUAGUCAUACCAGGUCCAAUGUAUAGUCAUGUGAGACCACUAAUGGGUAUGGUGGAUCUUUUAAUUAAACAAAACGACCACAAUGUGACGAUUUUGGUCACAGAAGAACUCUCAGGACACGAGGGUUUAAGAGAUCUUUCGGCUCAAAUUAUUACUCAUGACAAGGACGAAAAAAUCUCAAAAGAAACUGACAAACUUGUAAAUCUUGUUGUAGAAGGAAACUUACAAAACAAAGGCAUUUUGUUUCUUGGACGAAAUAUGCGAAGCACAAUUAUAAACAUAACACACUUGUACAUGACGGAUUCUGAAAUUUUUAAAAAACUGGAAGGUCAACAUUUUAAGACGGUUAUCAUCGAUGGAUUGCUAUCUUUGCCCUUUCUCAUUCUUGCACACAAACUAUCAAUUCCAGAAGUUGUUUAUUGUGCUGUAUCAUUGCUACCUAAGAUGAUCUACAGAACUCCUUCGGAUUACCUUAGCAUCCCUGAAUUUCCUGGUUUGUUGAUUCCUGACCCGACGUCAUUGAUAUCACGUUUUCAAAGCCUGUGCGGGCGCAUUGGAAUAAUUUUGUUGGGAACAUUUGGAAAAUCGCUGUUUUUUCCCGACGAUGUUGUUAGCAAAUAUGUUUCAACAUCGAGUUUAGAUGAAUUUUACAAGAAAACAAACACCUUUAGUUUUUACCUGCUAGAUCAAGAAGAAAUACUAGAUUAUCCAAGGCCUUCACUUCCAAACAUAGCAUAUGUAGGAGGAUUGUCAUUAUCAAAUUCACUAAAUCCUCUUCCUAACCAGAUUCAACGCCAUAUUGAAUCUGCAAAAGACGGAAUCAUUGUUGCAAGCUUUGGAAGUCAUUCAAACAUGCCAGGAGAAUUCAAAGCUAGUUUAUACGAAGCUUUUCAAAACAUUCCAGAAAUUCAUUUUAUUGCGAAAAUAGAUAAGUCCCAUUUUAAGGAAAAAAAUAUCCUAACUGUUCCUUGGUUACCUCAGAAUGACCUCCUCGCCAAUAAAAGAAUUAAGGCAUUCAUAACACACUGUGGAAACAGUGGACAAUAUGAGGCACUGUAUCAUGGAGUACCAAUGAUUGCUAUACCAAUCUUCGGGGACCAACACUAUAAUGCUGAUAGAAUAGUUAUUAAGUCCUUCGGUGUAAAACUAGAUCAUAACACGUUAACUCCCGAGGGGUUAGAGAGGAGUAUAAGGGAAGUUGUUUAUAAUGAAAAAUACUCAAGAAAAAUAAAGAUAGCCUCAGAAAUGUACAGAUCAAAACCACUGAAUUCAUCUCAGAGAGCUGCAUACUGGGUACACCACGUGACCAGCUAUGGAAGUUCCCAUUUGCGGUCUUCGUCUCAUAUUUUACCUGACUACAAAUAUUUCGGACUAGACAUUUUUCUUUUGUUGUUUAUUAUAUUUCUAUCAGUUGUGUGUUUGAUUGUGUAUGUUUUCAGGUUGAUUUGUAACUGCUGUAUGAAAAAGAAACUUAAAUCAGAUUGA